CGAAGAACUACGCUAUUUACUCAAGGCCAGGCGGUCCUGCGAUGAGAUCAUCGAGAGCAGAUGGUGACAAUGUGUUCUCCGGCCGUAGGAUGAACAAGAAGAGGAAGACCAAGAAAAUCAUCAAAAGCAAGGCUCGAAGAUUCCCAGCCUCCGUGAACGCGUUUCCCGCUUGGCUGCACAGCAAGUUUCACAAGCGCAGUGAGGUAAUCGCGAACUGGGGCCGGCUCGCGAAGCAGAUCUCAUUUCUCUGGAACUACCGCUAUGCGUGGAUGCACUGGAAGUUUCAUCCAGAUAUCAAGACCCCGUCAUCUGCGUCCGUGUCCGAAGAGGAGAUAUACAACGAGGACAAAGAAUUGUUCAGCGAUCGAGCUCGGCCAAAGGGAAAAUUGCACAGCACAAGCAGACCCUCUCCCUCUUUAACAUUCAAGAAAAUAAACAAGCUCGAUCUUUUGAAACGACCCGAUGAACAGCCCGUCCAUUGGUCUGCUCUCGACUCCGAAUUUCAGCAGCGACAGUGGCGCGACGCAUUCCGGACCGUUCCAGACCACGCAAGGUCGCCGAAGACGAGGAACAGGAAAACCCCGCGCUCGUCGAGACCUGCUUCACCCUUUCGCAACGAAGACAGGUCUCGUUCGCCGGCGCUGCGCAGCUCGUCCCCCGAUCGUUAUCAGGGUCUGCAAUCACUCCAUGCUGACCGCGGCCACCCACACAGGCAGCAGAGAAAGCAAAAACUUGAAGAGACUUUGCGCCAGGGAGCAGGAGGUGCACCGGAGCCGAGCAAGAAUGGUAGAAGUUCUGGCAGCACUUCUAAGGCGGAAAAUCAAGACCGUGCUAUGGCUUCCAGUGGUCGUGUUGCUUCUCGUGCAAUAAACGGAAGCACAGUCAAC